CCCCUUCCUCCUCCUCCACAGCCCUCCCUUCUUCCCACGCCCCAGUGCGCUGUGGGAUAGUGCCACUAUAAAGUAUACCCUCUCUCGGAGGAAGAUAAGAAGCCCGAGACAAGGAGGGGGAUGAAGAUGGCGGACGCGAAGCAGAAGAGGAACGAACAGUUGAAGCGGUGGCUGGGCUCGGAAACGGACCAGGAACCUCCCGUUCUCAAAAAGAAGAAGACGAAGGUGAAGUUCGAUGAUGGCGCCGUGUUUUUGGCCGCCUGCUCGAGCGGCGAUACCGAGGAGGUGCUACGUCUGCUCGGCCGAGGCGCCGACAUCAACUACGCCAAUGUGGACGGUCUCACCGCGCUCCACCAGGCYUGCAUCGACGACAACAUUGACAUGGUGACGUUCCUGGUGGAACACGGAGCCAGCAUCAACCAGCCUGACAACGAGGGCUGGAUCCCCCUCCAUGCUGCAGCUUCCUGCGGUUACCUAGACAUAGCAGAGUAUCUGAUCAGUCAGGGUGCUAAUGUCGGCGUUGUAAACAGCGAGGGUGAGACUCCUCUGGACAUUGCUGAAGAGGAGGCGAUGGAGGAGCUUCUGAAAAACGAGAUCAACCGACAAGGCUUGGACAUCGAGGCGGCCCGAAAAGAAGAGGAGCGGAUCAUGCUGAGGGACGCUCGGCAGUGGCUCAAUAGCGGCCAAAUCCAGGACACUCGGCAUGCGAAAUCCGGAGGAACGGCGCUUCACGUAGCUGCUGCGAAAGGAUACGUGGAGGUUUUAAAGCUUUUAAUCCAAGCAGGGUAUGAUGUAAAUAUUAAAGACAAUGAUGGCUGGACUCCUCUACAUGCAGCAGCACACUGGGGCAAAGAGGAGGCGUGUAGGAUACUCGUGGAGAAUCUAUGUGACAUGGACCUUGUUAAUAAAAUGGGCCAGACUGCUUUUGACGUAGCUGAUGAAGAUGUUCUGGGAUAUUUAGAAGAGCUACAAAAGAAGCAAAACCUGCUGAUGAGCGAGAAGAAAGACGUUAAGAAAUCUCCUUUGAUUGAAACGACAACCACAGGAGACAACAACCAAUCACAACAAUCUCUCAAGAGCAAAGAAACACUGCUUCUGGAGCCCGAGAAAACCACUCCACGCAUCGAGACUCUGGAGCCGGAGAAAGUGGAUGAAGAAGAGGAGGGGAAGAAGGACGAAUCGAGCUGCUCGAGUGAAGACGAGGAGGAGGAGGAGGAUUCCGAGUCCGAGACUGAAGCUGAAAAAACCAAGCCCACUCCAGCGGUGAGCAGCAGCACGACCCCCACCCCAKCCACAGUCAGCGUUUCAUCUCCAACUAGCCCAACCAACCAGGUGACCACUCCCACUUCACCAGUUAAGAAGUUUGAUUAUAUUACACCACUCAUGCCUUUGGCGGAGCCAGGSUGUCCUGCGUUGUGGCGUCAAGGUUUGCGCAAAACUGGCAUUUCUCUUGUGCCCAAAAAGCUUAUGGUCCCCCCGCCUGCUGGAAAGGUCUCGACGAAGGCGGCGGUGGUGGUGGAGGAGGAGAAGAAGGACGAGUCUCCAGCGUCGUGGCGUCUGGGUUUGAGGAAGACGGGCAGUUACGGGGCGCUCUCCGAGAUCACCGCUACYAAGGACGCGCAGAGGGAGAAGGACACCGCGGGCGUCAUGCGCUCGGCGUCGAGCCCUCGCCUGUCCUCAACUCUGGACAACAAAGAAAAGGAGAAGGAGAAGGACAAAGAAACCCGGCUCGCGUACGUGGCUCCGACCAUCCCCAGGAGACUUGCGAGCGCUUCAGAUAUAGACGAGAAGGAAAACAGGGACUCUACUGCUCUGAAACGUAGCGGCUCCUACACCCGGCGGCGCUGGGACGACGACCUGAAGAACAGCGACGGAAGCUCCCUUACCAACAGAACCCCCAGCUACCAGCGCAGCACGUCCCAUACGCUAGCGCUGGGGCGGAGCGGCAGCACGCGGGACGUGCCGGCCAAGUCUUCAUCAACCUCCAGCUUGGACCCUAACACCUAUAAUACUAAACCCUGGCAGCCACCCACCUCCCACUACCAGUCUUACAGCAUUUACCGCAGCAGCUCUUUUGGCAGAAGACACGAAGACUUGAGUUCCUCCACCACCUCCUCCUCCACCUCCACCUCCGCCUCGACAACCACCACCACCACCUCCUCGUCUGUUACCUCGCCCACAGGCCACCGCGGCCUGCUCUCCAGCCUGGGCUCCUCUUCCACUCGAACUAGCUCCACCAGUCUCACCAGCAGGUACUGGUCAGAGGAGAGUGCAGAGAAGGAGAAGGAGAGAGAGUCUGCUGCAGUCAUUCCCACUAUAAACACUGGUUCUACCAUGACCACCACAUCUACCACUACCACCAACACAGCUGUAUCUACCACUGGCACUGGCACUGGGUCAGAACGACGCAGGUCGUACCUGACGCCGGUGCGGGACGAGGAGUCGGAGUCUCAGAGGAAAGCUCGAUCCAGACAAGCUCGACAGUCGAGGAGGUCCACACAGGGUGUGACGCUAACUGACCUYCAAGAGGCUGAAAAGACGAUUGGCAGGGGUCGCACCCCAAAGACCCGCGAGGAGGAGAAGGAAGAGAAAGAGAAGCAGGACAAGGAGAAGCUAGAGGAGAAGAAGGAAACUGAGACAAAGGAGGACGAUUACCGAUCGAAGUACCGGAGUUAUGAAGAGCGCUAUCGGCCUUCAUCUUCCUACUCCUCCUCGAGCAUUUCCACAGUCAGCACUGCCUCCACGACUCCCUACUCGAGCACAGCGUUGUCCUCCAGUUCCAGCUCCCUGAACAGGCCCAACAGCCUGACGGGGAUCACCUCCUCCUACAGCCGCUCCUCUCGAGAUACAGAAAAAGAAACGGACAAAAAGGAGGAGGAGAAGGAGGGCGAGGACAAGUCUCAGCCUCGCUCCAUACGGGAUCGCAGGCGGCCCCGCGAGAAGAGGCGUCCCACCGGGGUGCCGGUCAGGACUACAGAUGGUGAUGAAAAUGACCCUGAUCAGCAGUCUGACACAGAGGAGGGCAGCACUAAAGGAGAGCCACAAAGUGACAGAUUGUCCAGGAAUGAGAGCACUUCCUCUUUAGAUCACAACGACGCUCUAUUUAGCCGUAGUUAUGGUGAGAGUCGAAGGCCGUACUCGAGCCGACUGGACAGAGACGACACCACUGACUACAAGAAGCUCUACGAGCAGAUCUUAGCCGAAAACGAGAAAUUGAAGGCCCAGUUACGUGACACAGACAAGGAGCUGGCAGACUUGAAGCUACAACUAGAGAAGGCCACACAGGAAAAAAGAGCUCUAGAAAGGAAAAUUUCUGAGAUGGAGGAGGAACUAAAGAACCUCCCCCAGGUAAAGCAGGUUCAGGCCCUGCGGCAAGUCAAGGAGCGGCUGCAGGCUGAGAAUCGGGCCCUGGCCCGCGUGGUGGCGAAGCUCUCGCAGUCGGCCUGCAGCCAGCUGCCCGCCGUUGACCUCUAAGCCACGUCCUGUCUGUCCACCGCCAUCUUUUCUUCUUUCUUCACUCCUUCCCCCCGCCCUCUCUUUACCCAACCACACUCUUCUCAUGCUUCAUUUGUGCCCCGCACCUAUAGACAGGCAGGUGUUCAGCCGUCCAACUUUGACUGGUUUCUGUCUUUUGCCUCCCCAGAGCUUUUUGGUUUUUCCAGAUUGGGGAGAGUGUUUUUAUUAUUAUUUUUUACAACAGGACACUCUCCUUUUACAGUACACCACAGUCUGUAUAAAAAUAUAUCCUUAAACAUGUCACAGAUUAAUAAAAAUCCAGUCAAAACUGUAAAGGAAAGUGUCCUUUUUGUUAGGGAGCUCAGUAGUUUGGUUUGGCUUGUUCAGGCAUCUUUGCAUGAAGUGGCUCCUUUUUCUUUUGCCCCAAAUUAUAGGAACCUUUUUACCACAACAGGAACCAAUCUUCAGGUGCAUGUGUUGCAUAUUUUGGGUUUGCCCUCUCUCUGGACAGUAUUAAAAUG